UUGCCCGAACAGGCAACUCCAGGCUUGGCGGAAAUUCUGUCGGACGCUCGGACCAGGAAGACCGAUUGAUCUCCAGACGAACUCACGGGAAUAUCUGCAUCUCGACCACUUCACAGCUAUGGCGGCUCCGUUUUCUGUGAUGCGGCCGCUGAGCUGCCUGCAGUCUGUCUCGCGCAAGCUCGUGCAGCCACAGAUCUGUCGGCGAGCGUUGACCACCAUCUAUUCCGCGAAGCCGGAGCAGACGCCGAUUCCUGAGAAGCUGCCACAGGCUUUCUUGUCCCAGCUGCCGGCUCGUUUUAGACCGGAUAAGAACAAGAAGAAGCUGAAAGUCAUCGCACCUCCCCCAAGCGCCCUUAAAACAUGCAAAGAUCCCAUUUCAGUCAUCCAACAAUCCCAGCUUGAUGUGCUUGACCCGACCGGUGAGCGCAAGGCUCUUUUCGACUACCGACGAAACCCCAGAAGUGUCAAGGUUGGCGAUAUUCUGCGCGUUACCUUCCGGAGCGGCGACCCCUUCUCGGGUGUGUGUCUGAACAUCCGAUCAAGAGGCAUUGAUACCUCAUUCCUACUGCGUAACAACCUUACCAGAGUGGGAGUGGAGAUGUGGAUUAAGGUCUUCAGUCCGAACGUGGAGAGUGUGGAGAUUGUACAGAGGACGGAGAAGAGGAAGAGAAGAGCCAGGCUCUACUACAUGAGGCAAGCCAAGCACGACAUGGGUACCGUCGAGAACAUUGUGCGCAACUACCUCCGACAGAAGUCUGCUCUGACCGGUCAGCGUACGACUGGUCAGCGCACCGGCGGCCGCUCAUAGAACUUAUCUGACCUAUUUAUGCUCCCAUGUGAUAACAUCUUUUGCGUGAAUGUUGUACAACUAUCAAUAUCGGUCCUGGCGACGAGGGUCGGCAUUUCCAUUUUGUAUUUUAUCCCUUGAAGACCCCAUAACUCAUGCCAGUAAGGCUUCCUGCAUUGCUAUAUUCUAUGACAAGCAGCAUACAUUAUCUUUCAAAGCGAUUUAAACGGUCCGCUCCACCUGGUAGACAGCAACUCUAUCGUGGCACUAACUACUCAUCACUGCUCAUUACUAAAGGUGGACAUUAGUAAGUACUACGAAGUCGUAACUGAGGAUUUCCUUAGAUGGACGUCAUCCCGUCGUUAUCCGCUUCGGUCCCAGGGCACACCGUUACUGCUAUGACAAGAUGACCGUGAAGUACAGACAGUCUUAUCGGAUCCAACAUCAG